AGGAAACCCAGGUGGCAUUCGCACAGAGGGCUCGGAAUAGUGCGCUGCACGGUUCCUGGCUGCGCUGCUGAGCCGAGUUCUUCAGACCCUUCUGAGCGGGAUUCGAGAGUCGUUUAUAGAGUCAGAGAAAGUCCUCAAAAAUGGUGAAGCCACUGGCACUGCUGCGAGACUGGUGCAGGUGGAUGGACGUGAAUGAGGAGCGCUCUCUGCUCCUCCUGGGCAUCCCAGAUGACUGCGAAGACCAAGAAUUCAGGGAUGCCGUGCAGGCUGCCCUGGGCCCCCUGGGCAGAUACCGAGUGCUGGGCAAGAUCUUCAGAAAGGAUCUGGGGUCGAAGAUUGCUUUGGUCGAGUUUGCUGAGUAUUUAAGCCGAAGCUUGAUCCCCCGGCAAAUACCAGGCAAAGGGGGGCCCUGGGAUGUUGUCUGCCUGCCCCAGGCCCCUGAUGCUGAGCCACAGGAUAGACCCAAUUUCCCUGCACAGCCCCAGAGACGAGCAGUGGUUGGUAGGGUAGGUGAGGCAAGAGCCGCAGGUGAUGUUGGAGGAAUAGGUGAGGUAGGAGCAGCAGGUGAGGAGGGAGCCGCAGGAGAUGUUGGAGGAACAGAUGAGGUAGGAGCAGCAGGUGAGGAGGGAACCUCAAAUGAGGAGGGAAUCUCAAGUGAGAAUGGACCCACAGGUGAGGAGGGAGCUGCAGGUGAGAUAGACGCAGAUGAGGAGAGAGCUGCAGGUGAGAUAGAGGCAGGUGAGGAGGCAGCUGCAGGUAUGGAGGGAGCUGCAGUUGAGAAUGGACCCACAGGUGAGGCGGGAGCCUCAAGUGAGAAUGGGCCUGCCUGUGAGGAGGGAGCCACAGAUGAGGAGGGAGCCGCAGGGGAGGCAGGAGCUGCAGGGCAGGCAGGAGCUGGCUUCGAGGGACGAGCUACCAGUGAGGCAGGUGGUACAGGUGAGGAAGGCACUGCAGAUGAGGAAGGGACUGCAGAUGAGGCAGGUGGUAUAGGUGAAGCAGACACUGCAGAUGAGGCCAGGGUGGCUGGUGAGGCAGGAGCUGAGAGUGAGGCCAGAGCUGAAGAUGAAGCAGGAACAUCUGAUGAGGAGGGAGCGGCAGGUGAUACGGGAGUUGCAGGUGUGGCCGGAUCACUGAGCCUGGCAGGAGCGGCCGGGGAGGCAGGAGUUCCCAUGGAGGCUGCAGCUGCAGGCAUCGCCGGAGCCAUGGAUGAGCCACGGGCCUGGUCCCCUCAGUGGUGGCUGGCCUUGGAGCCCGUGCUAGAGAAUAUGGGCUACCUGGAGCUGAGAACCUUCUCCGGGAUGGAAGAGCCGGACGAAGGGGAAGAGUCCUUUGAGAGCUGGCUGGAUCAUGCCAACGACAUGCUGUACCUGUGUCGCCAUGUGACCGAGAUGGAGCGGAGGAGGCGGCUGGUGGAGCGCUUGGGGGGUCCGGCGUUGGAUCUCCUGUGCAGCCUUCUGGAGGAAGAUCCCAACCUGACAGCCCAGGAUUGCCUGACAGUGCUGGUGGAGGCAUUCGGGAGUAAGGAUCCCUGGGUAACCACUCGGCUGAAGUUCAUGACGUGCACCCAGUGGCCCCAGGAGAGCCUCUUUGCCUUUGUGAUGCGCCUAGAAGGCCUGCUUCAGUUGGCCCUGGGCAAGGGGGCCGUGCACCCAGCCAUUGCAGAUCAGCUGCGUGCCCGGCAGGUGCUCAUGCGGGCCCGGCCCAACAACCUGAUGCAGAACAAGCUGAAGAGGAUGCGGAUGGAGAGAAGACCCCCCAGCUUCGUGGCGAUGCUGCAGCUCAUCCGGGAGACGGAGUCCUGGGAGACCAACCCAGCGAUGGGUGAGCAGCUCCCAGUGGAGGAGGAGGCCCAUGGGGUCCUUGGAGACCUGGCUGCUGCCCUAGGCCAUAUGAUCAUCACCGAGGGCGCAGCUGCAGGUGGAAGUGAGGCCUCCCCAGCCAGGGGAGAUACCUCUGCCCAGGUUGCCUUUUCCAAGGAAGGUGAUGUCGAGGCCCUCCCAACGUGUGAAGAGGCCAGUAAGGCAGUUGGCAGCAGUGCCGAGGUUGCCCAGGCUGCUCCUGAAGCCCGUGGUGCCACCACGGCAGCCUCUGCCCCUGGGGAGACCACUCAGGAAGAUGGAAGGGCUCCCAGCCCCCUGGGCCUAGGUCAAGCAGCACCCUCAGAGGCCCCUUGGGGCCCUGCCACUGCCUGGAUGGGUGGGGCUUCCCCGGUGGUCCCAGGAAGUCCUGGCUGGGAGCCAGAGGGUCUCCCCCAGGUAGGAUACCAGGAGGCUGAGGAGCCCCCCAAGAAGGGGCUCAAGCCCAUCCCAGAGGAGCCCAAAGAUGAGGAAGGGGCUGUGGAGAUGAGCCCCCUGGGGUUCUCCUCCGGUCAAUAGGCUCAGCAGGUCCCAGGCCCCUGGCCUGGAAGCAGGGAGAGGCCAGGUCAGGCAGCCUCCUGGCCCCACGUUAGGGGCCAAGUCAUGGUGCCUGGGCCUCCCCACCCCCCCCAAGAGGGGUCCCCUAUUCAGCAUCCCCUGGGACAGGCUGGUCAGUGUCCUGGGAAGUCCAGAUGUGUCCCUGUAGGCCCCGUAGUGACCCAGAUCUCAAGGAACGCCUCCCUGGCCCAGCCUCUCUCCCCUCCCUGUCAAAACACAUCCCUGAGCUGUCAUCAACUCCCCUCCCAACCCCUGCAGAGCCCUGAGGUGCCUGUGAACCCAGGCCGGAUGUCCCCACCUACCCGGUCAGCCACCCUGAGCCCUGCCACAUGCCCUGAGCUUGAGCACCAGCCAAGACCUGGUCCUCAGCUCAGCGUGUGCUUCCCCAUUGUGGAUUCAGGCCAAGUUCUGCUUGGUCUCCUGGAGAUGAGCAUGUGUUCUUCUCUGAGCAGUUCCCCCCACCAUGGUGCAGAGACACCCCAGCCCACUCCCAGGAGCCGUUGGGAAGGAGGGGACGGACGAGGGCUUGGCCGGUGACCACCCCGGGACCUCAGGAAGGAAGAUCUGCAUUGGGGCUUUGCAGCGGGGCUUCGGGAGGCCCCCCAGGACCUGUGCCCUGCUGGGCCACGCCAUGCUUCCUUGGGACUCGGUGUUCUCGGCUUGGUGCGGCAUGCCCUGCUGUGUGACUGUCCUGUGCCCGCCAUAGGACAUGUGGGCCCGAGUGGGAGGGGCUGCCCUGAGGGGAUCGGGCAUUGCCAGUGCUCACCAUCCUGGCAAGACACUGCACACAAAGCCCUCGGA